UCCUCACUGAGCAGAUGCUCCAGCAUGAAAACCAAGAUCAUAUCCUGGUCAAAGUGCAAGGGGAGCAGCACUGCAUCCUGAGAAUCCAUCAAGAAAUCACUUACGAGCAAUUCCGCACCGAAUUGGAACUGACAUUUCCAGAGGAAAACCUUGCCGUGUUUUAUAAAGAAGAAGGUGAUCUUCCUUUGCGCAUCAGCCGUCAAAACAGUAUUGAAUACGUGCUCAAGAACAAACCUGAGGGUGAUAUUGUUCUCGAGGCUGAAGUCACAGGAGACAGACAGUUGAGUGUGAAGACAGACAAGCAUUUCCUGCAGAGAAACAAGCUAACCCUGACUUGCAGGAUCCCCGAGAUCAACAGUUCGAUCGAAGAGCUGCGCCACUGGGAAAUCCUCAAUGAGGCAGAGUACGAGAAGCUUAUCAGUGUCAACCUCCUGAAAGAACAAGUCAGAGAAACCCUGAAUUUUGUGAUUAAAAAGGGAAAUGAUGCAAUGGAUAUUUUGCACAGCCUGCUUCAGAAGCACCAGCCACACCUGCUUAAAGAAAUAGAGAGCAAAGAGCUGCCACAUUCGAGUUGUGAUCCAGGACACAGCUAGAACCCACAGCUUUUCACAAUGCUGUGGACACAAGAACAACAAUGAUCUUAUGUUGUAAAACACACAUUGUUACGUUGUAAAACACCCCUACCCUCCUCGCCCUCUCAUCCCAACCCCCUGCUUGGGUCCA